CUCGAUCAAGCCACAGCGAAAAAGCACCCAGAGACUAGACAUGUCUUCUAAAGACAAGAAACCGUCAAAGCCAUCUAGUGGUCGGACCGGUGGUAUCCGUACACUCUCCGAUCUGAACCGGAGGUCUGGACCGGACUCGGACAGUGAUUCCGAUGGACCUCAAGAGUAUUACACCGGCGGAGAGAAAAGUGGUAUGCUUGUUCAGGAUCCUACAAAAGAACCAAAACAACACGAUGAUGUUGAUGAGAUAUUUAACCAAGCAAGACAACUAGGAGCCGUGGAGGGACCACUUGAACGUCCUUCAAGUUCCAGAAGCUUCACUGGCACGGGAAGAUUGCUAUCAGGAGAAAGUGUGCCAACAUCUCUUCAACAACCCGAGCCUGUGAUUCACAAUAUCGUUUUCUGGUCUAAUGGGUUCACUGUUGAUGAUGGACCUUUGAGGAAGUUGGAUGAUCCUGAGAACGCUUCUUUCCUCGACAGCAUUAGAAAGUCUGAAUGUCCGAAAGAGCUUGAGCCUGCUGAUAAAAGAGCUCCCGUACAUGUUAAUCUUAUGAGAAAAGACGAGAAAUGCCCCGAACGUGAGAAACUUACGGUUGCAUUUCAAGGAGUGGGAAGGACUCUAGGCGGUGCUAGCUCAUCAACCCUACCAAACCUAAGCAACCUAGCCGAUGUAGCCGCGGUUCCAUCAACGUCAUCACAGAGUCUUGUAGUAGAUGAAACUCUUCCAGCCACAUCUAUCCAGCUUAGACUCGCUGACGGGACACGCAUGGUGGCUAGGUUCAACAACCAUCACACGGUCAAUGACAUUCGUGCUUUCAUUGACUUUUCUCGACCAGGGAAUCCAGUCAACUACAGCCUUCAGGUUAUGGGGUUCCCACCAAAGCCACUUACUGAUCCUUUACAGACCAUUGAUCAAGCCGGUCUUGCAAACUCUGUAGUCAUUCAGAAAUUCUAGAAACUUUUUGCUUCUUUUGUUCUGAAAGAUAUCCGAAAAUGUUGUGAUUUGUAAGAAAAAAAAUGCAUAAUCGGCUUAUUAUGGCAAGAAGGGAAAGACAUCAUUAGGUUUCUAUGUUUUUCGUUUGAGUAUGUGUGCGUUUUGAGGUUCUUACAUAUUUCAGAAAUGGAAAGUUUGUCAAGUUUUAACCUAUAAAUGAACUGGUUUUAUGGAAGUCUUCUUAUCC